AUGGAAGCGGGCUGGUGGUCACCUUCGCCGUCGGCAUCACCGCCGCCGCCGCCCCGCGCCCCGCCGCGCUGCCGCUGUCGACCACUCUCUAAUAGCUAUAAUUGCUUACCUCAUUACGAUGUCGAAGAUGAGUCGACCGGUGGAGCGCUUCGUGAACGUGAACUGCGAUCAUUGCACCGCACAGUGCCCGCACUGCGACGUCGAGAACUUGACACUCGGGCCAUCAAGCACCAUUUCUAUCCAGAAGGAGGUUGGGGUCAAAGAUCUACUUGGAUCGUUUGUGGCGCCGCUUUCCUUGCUCACUUGCUAUCAACCGGACUACAGCUUGCUUAUGGCGCAUUGCACGUGUAUGCGAUACGACACCUCGGCCCCGCCGCUGAUCACGCCGUGUGGGCUGGCGCACUUUGUGUUGGAGUGUCACGAGCCGCUGGUGCCCUUGUAGCAGGUCGAAGGAAGUCUCCCCGCCUCGCGGCCCUAGUCGGUGGCUUGCUGUUACCCCUCGCCUGUCUCUUCACAUCAUUCGCCACUCAACUCCAUCAAACUCUUUUAAGCUACGGUGUAGUCCUCGGUCUAGGCUGCGGUCUUGUGAGAGAAGCGGCAGGAUUAGUUCUUGGGACUUAUUUCCGACGGCGAAGACAGUUUGUUGAGCUUGUAGCACACGCCGGGGGUGGAGUUGGUAUAGCGUUAUUUAGCGUUGCCUAUAAAGAAGCUGUUGGAAAGUUGGGAUGGCGAUUAGGACUUCAGGCAGUAACCGGUGUCCUUGUAUUGGCUUUUUUCCUAAGCACAGUUUACCGAAGUGCCUCCCUCUACCACCCACAACGACGUGCCAUUUUACACCUCAAAAACCAACGUCGGAAGGUUAAGGAAAAGAAAACCCCUAAAAUUUCGCCUUUUAUCGAUUUAAGCCCUCUUCACUCACGAUCAGCAAAGGUAUUGUUAUUAGCUGCUGGGUUGGCAGCUUUUGGGCUUUAUACCCCCGUAUUUUUUCUUGCCCUGCAAGGAUUUCAAGAGGGUUUAGAAGAGAGUGCUUUAGUAUUGCUUCAGACUUUUUUGGGAUUCGCAGCGGUGCUCGGUUGUGCUGGCUUUGGGCUCGUACUUGUGCGACCCUCAGCACAAUGUCUCGUUUCUAAGCAAUAUUUGUGCCAAACUGCUAUGUUAGGUAUAGGUAUAUCAAUGCUCGCUCUGAGUAGUGUUGAAGGCUACCAUGGCUAUGUAUUAUUUACUUGGAUGUAUGGUCUAUGUCUUGGUGGAUUUUUGUAUUCAAUAAAAAUGCUUACAAUGGAACGCGUUCGGGGCCGACAUUUUACGAAAGUUUGGAGUUACGUUCAAGGUGCGGAAGCGAUACCAGUUAUAGUUGGUGUACCGAUGACGGGUUAUAUUAAUCAGCAAGCACCGAGAGCUGGAUUUUACUUUUCGACAGCAGUGACACUUGCUGGAGCUUUGUUAUUAUUUUUUGUGGGUUUCUCAAAACGAGAUCCUGAACCUACACCUGCUCCUGCACCAGCUAUUUCAGAGGCGUGUUUGUGUAUUACACCUCCACCAAGAUGUGAGCCUGCAUGGUGUGCUUGUGGCGCUGGGGGUGCGACUGCUUACUGUGCAUGGCCUGGGCCCUGCACAACGCGUUUACCCAAGUCUCUUUCAUACGCCGCACCGUUGAAUCGCAGUUGUUGUUCAGUGGAACGGUAUCCUGAGUGUUGUCGUCGUGCAGCUUUGUUGCGUCCAUCACGAAGUGUCCCAGAAGGCUUGGCGCGUCGCAGUAGCACAAUCAGUAGAUCCGCUUCUUGCAAGGCGCCUUGCCACCGCCGUGAACAUCACCUCAUUGAACAAAUCACAACUUCUGUAUAA